AUGGAGGUGCCCGGAGAGCGCGAGAUGACGAGCCUGACGGGCCACGAUCUGAUGGAUGGGGCAGCGGUGUCUUCAGGCCCCGUAGAAGAGCCUCCUCGAACAGCUGGAGGCGACACCGAAGAGAUGACACCCAACGCAGCUGACCGGGACCUCGACAAUGAGCAUCUGAACGCAGAGAGCCCCAGCAACAACGCUGAGGAGUUCAACGUUGUGCUGCAGAAGCAUCCGGGAAUGAGGCUCGGAAUGGAGUGCGUUCGGGUGGGCGACGAAGUCGUCGUCGCGCACGUCGCCGAAGGCAUGGUGGUCAACGAGUGGAACGCAAAGAACCCCGACCAGACCGUCAAGGUUGGAGAUGUUGUGCGGGCGGUGAAUCAGAUCAGUCCGGAUGACGUGCAGACAAUGCUUGCAGAGCUGAGGACAGCCGUCGUCUUGAGCCUUCGCUUCGAGCGCGGCCCACGCGAAGUCCCAAAGCCAAAGGAGGACGAUGGCAGCUCAACGUCGAAAAUCAAGCCUUCCGGCGGCGACCUCAUUCGCAUCGCGCAGAAGCAGCUCAUGGAGGAUGGUGGUUGCCAGCCAUCCUUGCCUGGAUAG